GGAGACAUGAACGCGGAGCCCGCGGGGGCGACGCAGGCCCGUCCGCGUCCUCAGUGCCUACUGCUGCUCUUGUGGGCGCUGCUGCUUCUCCCCCGCUAUUCGGAGGAAGAGAAGAAACGGGAAAACACCAGAGAUCUACUUCUUGAUGUUUGUGCCACUUGCCAUGCAAAUGCCACAUGUGUACAAAAAGAUGGCAAAGACACCUGUGAAUGCAAUUAUGGAUUUAUUGGAAAUGGGAGGACUUUCUGUCAUGAUAAAAAUGAAUGUCUUUCUGGCAUUUGUGGAGAGCAUGCUUCAUGCCAUAACACACAAGGAGGCUAUUACUGUGUUUGCCAUGUAGGCUUCCAGGCUUCCAAUAAGCACAAAGUAUUUAUUCCUAAUGAUGGCACAAAAUGUAUAGUUGUGGAUUGUGGACCUCCAUCUUCUAUCCCAAACACUCUUUCAGCUCCUGUGGAUAAAACCACGUAUGGAAACCAAGUUCGUUAUUCUUGUCAGCCUAAUUAUGUCCUUGAAAGUGGAAACUCAACUGCUGUUUGCAAUGCUAGAGGACAGUGGGAAGGUGCAGAUAUGGUGUGCAAAGAAAUUGACUGUGGAAAACCACCGUGGCUACCAAAUACAGACAUUAUCUGGGAUAACAGCACAACCUUAGGGAGCACAAUAUACUAUAAAUGCAGAAAUGGAUUUCAGUCUUUCGGAGAGCAUAAUUUUUCACAAUGUAAAAUCUCUCGCAACUGGGAAAACAUUAUUUUUGAAUGCAAAGAAAUAACCUGUGGCCAACCUCCUGUACUAUCUUUCUCAAACAUGAUAUGGAAUGGAACUUCUCAACUGGGAAGCACCGUAAAAUACAACUGCAUGAAAGGUUUCUAUUCCACAGGCACAAAAAGUCAUUCUGUUUGCACCAGAAAUGGAUCUUGGGAAAUGUUGGAUUUAAGAUGUAAAAAAGUGCAAGACUUUGUUAAUGUUACAUGGAAAGACCCUUGUGUGUCAUGGAAGAGACAUUAUGGAAGUGCUGGAGUAAAUGAAACCUAUCAAGUUACUAUGUGGAUGCUAGGGAAUGAAUCAAAGGAAAUCACAGAUAUGUUGAUCAAACCUCCUGCCACGGAGAUGGCUGUAAAUGUGUGUCUGCAAUUACAUCAACACUCGAAUUACACUGUGGAGAUUAUUGCGGACUCCAUCAAUUUGCUUUUACGGCUCAAAAUAACACAUCCGGUAAUACUUCCAGUGGUUGAAAAGACAGUUGAAUUCAACAACAUCUCCAUAUUUAAUGACACCUGUAUUAAAUGGCAGAGAGUACCAGGAAGAACACAGUCUGAGGAAACCUACCUAAUUCACCUAGUGGGUCUACGCUGGUAUCAGAAGGAAUUCAGUCAUGAGAUGAUUCUUAACUUCACCACAGGUUCUUGGAAGCCAGAAUUGUGCCUCAAUUUAUCUUCAGGAAGCAAUUACACUGUAAACAUCUCUACUGCUAACCUAAAUUAUAGUGUCCUCAUCCAUUUGAGCAUCCCAUUAGCGGAUCCACCAUCCCCAGAAGUAGAAUUCAUGUCAACACAAGGCUUUAUACCAUUAUUGAGCUUUGUGAAAGGAGAAGGGAGAAAUGGUCCAAUCAGUUCUUACCAAGUGAUUGUCAUUCCUGGGAUUCCACUCUGCAACUUUAAUUGCUAUUCCUUGACUAACCUAACCUACUUCAGCAAAGGUUCAGAAUCCGAUAGCUAUGUGACAGCUGAAUUCUCAGCCAAGAGCAUUCCUGAGAACAGGUUAAACUUUGUCCUUGGAGACCGACUAUAUUAUGGGGGAUUUUACAAUGCUCCCCUGAAACCAAGAAAAGAAUAUUGCAUUGUACUGAGGACUGUCAGCAAAUGGAAUGAGAUGAGAACACAGUCCUGUGUAAUAUGGGCCCAUAUCAGAGAUAUAUCAUUCCCACUGCAGCAUUUGACUAUUGUUGUUUUAGGCUCAGUUGCUGCUACCGGUUCCAUCUUUUUAUUGUUACUCUGUCUAGCAUGCAGCACAUUAAACUCCAGCUGAACCACCAAGAAAAUAUUUUUUGAUAAGAUUGGAUAUUUAUCAACUGCUAUCAAUACUGUCCAGAAAAGCAGCGAAUCAUCUUCUCAGGGAUUCUGCAAUUGCUUUUAUCUAAUGGGUACAACUCCUGAUCAUCUGGAAGAGAAUAAAAACAAGACACAGAAAUAUGGAGCUGUCCUUCAGCACUCAGGAGAAGGAAAUCCAUAUGCAAAAUAUCAUCUCCCGCCUUCCCA